AUGUCACUAACAGUGAAAAUCAAUCAAUUUCAUCUCUCCAAACCCAAGUCGAAUCUUAUAGGACGUGUUGAGUUUCGAGGCGUUGGCCACACAACCAAUGAACUCAGCAACACCACCGAAAUCAUCAAUGUGAAUCAGGCUUUUGUGUGGCCAUUGGCUCGCUCAGCAUCGCCAGAGGAGACAAUUGUGGUGGAACUUCGGCAGCAAACAACGAAAAUCCUCCUCAAGACUGGCCUGUCGGCAUCCUCAUCGUUGGGCUCCUCAGGCACACGCGGCGCCAUCGGGAGCAGCUCAAAGGUCAUCGGUCGAUAUGUGAUACUCAUGCAAGGCGUCAUUACAGAAGGGAAGUUGCGCGUGGAAGACCAUCUUGUUGAUUUAAACAACAAGGCAAUACAAGCUAUUGUGAACUUUGAGGUGUCGUACACGUCACCAGACGACGAGGCUGGUAACUUUGAACCUGCGAAUCUCGCGAGUGUGAUGCAGCAGAAUUCCACGAGUCUCGACGAUGACCAGCAAAUGCUUCUCGAUAUUGAGCAGAAUAUCGCGAAUUUGGAGAAGAGCCUCAGCAAAGGUCACGAUGCGGGUCACAGUUCAAAGAAGCGACAUUUGCUGAGGCGGGUCAUGUCCCAAGGGAGGCCAGAGAAGGUGUUCUCCAGCAGUGAGAAGAGCCCCAAGCAGCCUCAGGCGUCAGAAAAGUCCCGUGUCAGUCUCAAGACGGUGAGGAAUUUCAUGAAAUUGGGAAAACAGAGGCGCGCCUCGAGAGACAGCAGCACCGAGGAUGAGGGAAGGUCUCUCAUCAGUGAUAAUGAGGGUGGGAUCACGUCCGCUAACGAACAGAGCAGCCACCCACAGCACGAGACGCAGGAUAGUGAAUCCCAACAGGAGAGCAUUCAGUCUGACGAGUCGAGUGUCGACGAGGAUGAAGAUGAGCUGCAGAGUGAGAUGAAGAGCAAGCGCUUUAAGUCACUCGGCAAGGCCAAUGAUCACCUGAAGGCGCAGGACUUCCAAGUCUGUGUCACAAUCAUCGAGGCCAGGCAACUUCCGGGUCUCAACAUGGAUCCCGUGGUGUGCAUCCAAAUCGGCGACGUGAAGAAGUACACCAGUGUGAAGGAGAGCACAAAUUGUCCAUAUUACAAUGAGUACUUCGUGUUCGACUUCCACAUGGCACCAAUUAUGCUGUUCGAUAAAAUUAUUACCUUAUCUGUGUUACAAAGCCGAAGUGUCCUUCGUCCAAAUAAAUUGAUCGGUUCAUUUAAAUUGGACAUUGCUACUGUAUGGAAUCAAAAAGACCAUCAAUUCUACCACAAGUGGGCAUUACUCACAGAUCCGGAGGAUUUUAUAAGUGGACCCAAAGGCUAUCUCAAAUGUGAUAUUGGAAUUAUUGGGAAAGGAGACACUGUGAAGGUUCCUCAGAAGUCAGAAAAGGAUCCAGACGACAUCGAAGCAAAUCUCCUCCUUCCGGAUGGUGUGCCAAUUGAAAGGCAACGUGCAAAGUUCAUAGUGAAAAUUUACCGGGCCGAUGGUUUGCCACGGAUGAACUCAUCGAUAAUGGCGAACGUGAAGCGUGCAUUCACCGGUGAGAGCAAGGAUUUGGUUAAUCCAUAUGUUCAGGUGUCAUUUGCCGGAUUGAGCGGAAAAACAUCUGUAAAGAAAAACUCCUACACACCUGUUUGGAAUGAGCAGCUUGUUUUCACCGAAAUGUUUCCACCUCUCUGCCAGCGAAUUAAGGUUCAACUGAGGGACGCCGAUCCCGUGAAACCCUCAAUAAUUGGUACACACUACAUUGACUUGAAGCAAAUCUCUAACGAUGGCGAAAAGGGAUUUCUGCCCACCUUCGGGCCAUCCUUCAUUCAUCUCUAUGGCUCCACCCGAGAUUAUACGCUCCUGGAUCAGCACUCCACACUCAAUACUGGUCUCGGGGAGGGUGUCAGCUACAGGGCUCGCCUCUUAAUCGCAAUACGCACCGAGAUAACAGAUAAUGUGGAGAUUACGCCCGAGAAAAAUGUUGAACUUGAGCAAACCUUCCCUAUCUCUGAAGUGUCGUACGCCAAGUGUGAGGAGUUUUUCUUGUUCUCCACAAUUAUGGAGGCAUCGAUGUUGGACAAGAAGCAAUCAGACAAGCAAGUUCUCUUUGAAUUGAGUAUCGGCAAUUCGGGCAAUUCCCUCGAUGGCCACAAUGAGAGCUCAUCCACCAUAUACGAUGACGAGGAGAUAGAAGUUGUGGAUGCAGCAUCUUUCAGCAGCAUCACCAACACCUGCAAGCCCACCACCCACGACAAGAGCCACUAUUUCCUGCCCUACUGGGACUACAAGCCCUGCAUGGAUGUGCGAUGCGUGUUCCCUGAUCUGCGACGGAGAAUGUACAACAGCAACAUGAUAGGCAAGAUGACGGAGAAGCUCGAAGAGGCACUCGCAGAGACAGGCACGAUGAUUGAGGAUGAGGACCCCAUCUCAGAGGUGAAACUGAGGGCGUGCCUUGAGGAAUUAGCCAUGAGUUGCACAAAGUACGUUACGGUGACGAAGAAUACGAUGACUGGCCCGGGGACGGGAAAGACAAAGCUGGAUAAGGAGAGGGUGAAGCUGUGCCUGCGUGAAAUUGAGUCACUGGGAAAUAUGGCACGGAAUUUGCGUGCUUUGGUGACGAAAAGCUCAAUGAGGGAGAGAUACAAAACGGCACAGAAUUACUUGCAGAAACUCAAGUUCCUCAUUGAUGAUCCGCAGCACUCAUUGCCGGAUAUCUUCAUCUGGAUGAUUGCAAAUGGGAAGAGGAUUGCCUACCAUCGCAUAGACGCCAGAGACGCACUGUUCUCCGAGAUAGACGAAGAGAGUGGGGUUUGCUGUGGGAAAGUGCAAACAGUGUUUCUGAAGCUGCCCGGAAAGCAAUCCAGCGGUCCCGCCGGGUGGUCAGUUCAGGCGAAGCUCUCGGUGUACGUGUGGCUGGGCAUUGUGAAGGACAAGCAGUUCUUCUUCGAUGGCCUGCCAGGAGGAUACGAACUGUCUCAAGAGCUGAGAAAUGCCGAGCGUCCUCGAGCUUUGGCGCCAACGACGAUUCACUAUGUUGAGAAAUACGUGUUCCAGCUAAGAGCUCAUAUCUAUCAAGCGAGAUCUCUGAUAGGAUCUGAUGCGUCCGGGUUGAGUGAUCCGUAUGCAACAGUUUUUAUUACAGAAUUCUCCAAGACCACCCAAGUGAUUGAGGAGACGCUCAGCCCCACGUGGGAUGAGUUGCUCGUCUUCGAUGAGAUACUUGUAUAUGGCGCCAAAGAUGAAAUCCGACGGGAUCCACCAACAAUCGUCAUUGAGAUCUACGAUCAGGACAAGGUGGGCAAGUCGGAAUUCAUUGGCCGUGCCAUUGCAAAGCCCAGAAUAAAGCUGCGCGAGCACAAUUACGUCACACCAUCGCUGGAGUGGUUCGAAAUCACACGAGGACUUGACAAUGCUGGUGAAUUGUUGGCCGCUUUUGAACUCCUAGAACACGGAUCUGUGGACGUUCCUCGCCUCACAGAGCCAAAGAUAUUGGGGAAUGAUGUCAAAAUAGACAAAUCAUCAGCGAACAUUUGCGCGAUCUUGCCUGUACCACGAGAUGUUAGACCAAACCUUGCACGCUUCCGGAUUGAAGUGCUCUUCUGGGGGCUGCGAGAUCUCAAGAGGAUUCACUUCAUGUCAGUCGACAAGCCACGAAUUGACGUCGAGUGCUCUGGUAAAAUACUCAGUUCCAGCAUUAUACAGAAUGCGAAGAAAAAUCCCAAUUUUGCCAACAUGCUCAAAUUCUUCGACUUGGAACUACCCGUUGAGGAAACCUAUGCUCCUCCCAUAACCAUUCGAUGCGUCGACUGCCGAUCUUUUGGACGCUACACUCUUGUUGGCACUCAUCAAAUAUCAUCAGUUCACAAGUACAUGCAUCGUCCAGCACCCAAAGAAGACUAUAAGAAAUACUCUCUCGGUGGCCAAAUUGUCCUCUCAAAACCAGUGGCAGCUGCUGAAAAUCCCACCAAUCCCUCAGGCAUGAUCAAAGGAUCACCCAACGACAAUCUCACCAUUUACGGAGCAGCUUGUGUAGCCAAAGCGAUGAAGAAGCAGCAGAUGAAGAAGAAGCAAGUGCAGCCGGAGGAAAGCAUAGACAUGGACGAUGACGAUGAGAACAGCAAAGACUGGUGGACAAAGUACUUCUGGUCGUAUGAGAAGUUGAUUGAGGACACAAAAGACGGGCCUGGACUUAAGCUUCCUGUUGAAGUGCAACCGCAGAAAGAUGACGAGAAGAGACGCUUAGCCAUCAAGGGAUCUAAACUCGUGGCCAAACUGAGUCCAAAGCAUCAAAAUAAGUCGCCAAAGGAGGCAAGUGCCAACAAUUCUACCGCCCUAUUCCACAUCUAUCCCAACGAACUGGAAGCACAGCUGGAGUUUAACAACUUCAAGGAGUGGCUUCACUCCUUUCCCCUCUAUCGAGGUAAGAAGACAGGCGACAGUGCCGAGGAUGAGAACAGAGUCGUGGGCUUCUUCAAGGGUGCCAUCAAGGUGUACAAGUUGCCCAUGGAGAAGGGAAUUGAACCCGCUUUUGCACCCACUCUGCCCACAAACGAUCCCAUUCACGUGCUUGUUCGUGUGUAUGUGAUCAAAGCAACGGAUUUGCAUCCAAUGGAUCUCAAUGGAAAAGCCGAUCCCUACGUUGUGCUUCAACUGGGAGGGAAGAGAAUAAGCGAUAAGGACAACUAUGUCAGCAAGCAGCUCAAUCCCGUCUUUGGCAAGUGCUUCGAGGUGGAGGCUACUUUUCCCCAGGACUCAAUGCUGACGCUUCAGAUUUUAGACUGGGAUCUUGUGGGAUCGGACGAUUUGAUCGGGGAGACGAAGAUUGAUCUGGAAAAUCGCUUCUACAGCAAACACCGAGCAAUGUGUGGCAUGGCUUUUAAAUACGAAGAUUCGGGCUACAAUUGCUGGCGUGAUCCAAUGAAGCCAACACAAAUCCUGCAGAAGUUGUGCAAGGAAAACAAGCUCGAGCAACCGCACUAUUUUCAGGAUCGUGUUAUAAUUGGAAGAUACUGCAUGACAUUCACUGAGGAGGAGGUUCUGGCCUGGAAUGGUCCAAAUACGUGCCGCAAUCGAGAUGAGCAUCUUGCCUUGGGCGUUUUGCAUCGCUGGGAUGAAAUUCCUCGCGUGGGAUGCAAGAUUGUACCAGAGCAUAUUGAAUCCCGGUCACUGUAUAAUCCAGACAAGCCAGGAAUUGAGCAAGGAAAGCUGGAAAUGUGGGUGGAUAUGUUUCCCAUGGACAUGCCUUUGCCUGGACCUUCAGUGGACAUUUCACCGCGGAAACCCAAGUCAUACGAGUUGAGGAUUGUCAUCUGGAACACGGACGACGUAGUUCUGGAGGAUGAUGCAUUUUUCACGGGAGAAAAGAUGUCUGAUAUCUACGUUAAAGGAUGGCUGAAAGGCCCACAAGAUAUUCAAUCCACGGAUAUUCACUAUCGCUCAUUGACUGGCGAAGGCAACUUCAACUGGCGCUUCAUCUUCCCGUUCGACUACUUGGCAGCUGAGGAGAGGAUUGUCCUGUCGCGACGAGAAUCCCUCUUUAGUUGGGACGAGACUGAAGUGAAAAUUCCCGCUCGCCUGGAGCUCCAAGUGUGGGAUGCCGAUCACUUCUCCGCAGAUGACUUCCUGGGAGCCAUUUCGCUCAACCUCAACAGAUUCCCACGUGGCGCAAAGUCCUCGAAGCUCUGCACGCUGGACAUGCUAAAGACGGACAAUGUGCCGUACGUGAAUAUCUUCAAGCAAAAGCGCGUCCGCGGCUGGUGGCCGUUCUUUAUUAAGCGCGAGAACGACGAGAUGGAGCUGACGGGGAAGGUGGAGGCGGAAAUUCACUUGCUCACGAAGGAGGAAGCAGAGAAGAACCCUGCUGGAUAUGGUCGAAAUGAACCGGAUCCCCUCGACAAGCCAAAUCGUCCGGACGCGUCCUUCAUGUGGUUCCUCAACCCCAUCAAGUCCAUCCGCUACAUCGUGUGGCACAACUACAAAUGGACCAUCAUCAAAGGUCUCAUUAUCAUUGCCGUGGCCGUUAUGCUGCUCCUCUUCUUCUACUCUGUCCCAGGCUACACCGUGAAGAGGUUACUUGGCGCUUAA